AUGGACAGCAAUCAUGGUGGACGUAAUUUAGAUACUUCUCCCCCAGCUCUCUUGACCCUUCUAGAGCUUCUUCGGCACUGCCCUCAUGUCCUACGCGAUACCGAAGUCCUGGUCGACGGGGGCAUACGUCGGGGAACCGAUAUCUUGAAGGCGAUCUGUCUAGGUGCUAAGGCGGUGCUUAUUGGUCGACCGGUCAUGUACGCCUUGAAUUACGGAGAAGAAGGAGUAGAACAUCUGAUUGAAAGUAUCGCUUCCAUCUUUGCUCGUCGUCAAAACUUCACCAAACGCGAGAACUGA